UCCAGCUCUUCCGCCGCCAUUUUAAAUCCAGCUCCAUACAACAUUCUGCUGCCGCUGCUGCCGCGACACGGAUUGCACGCCAGCACCUCCCGGCCGAUAACUCAGCCGCUAUGGAAGACAUGAACGAGUACAGCAACAUAGAGGAAUUUGCAGAGGGAUCUAAGAUCAAUGCGAGCAAGAAUCAGCAGGAUGAUGGUAAAAUGUUUAUUGGAGGCUUGAGCUGGGAUACAAGCAAGAAAGAUCUGACUGAAUAUUUGUCUCGAUUUGGGGAAGUUGUAGACUGCACAAUUAAAACAGAUCCAGUCACUGGAAGAUCAAGAGGAUUUGGAUUUGUGCUUUUCAAAGAUGCUGCUAGUGUUGAUAAGGUUUUGGAAAUGAAAGAACACAAGCUGGAUGGCAAAUUGAUAGACCCUAAAAGAGCCAAAGCUUUAAAAGGGAAGGAACCCCCUAAAAAGGUUUUUGUGGGUGGAUUGAGCCCAGAUACUUCAGAAGAAAAAAUUAAAGAAUAUUUUGGAGCCUUUGGAGAGAUUGAAAGUAUUGAACUUCCCAUGGACAAAAAUGAAAGAAGAGGAUUUUGUUUUAUUACAUACACAGAUGAAGAGCCAGUAAAGAAAUUGUUAGAAAGCAGAUACCAUCAAGUUGGUUCUGGGAAGUGUGAAAUCAAAGUUGCACAACCCAAAGAGGUAUAUAGGCAGCAACAGCAACAACAAAAAGGAGGAAGAGGUGCUGCAGCUGGUGGACGAGGUGGUACUAGGGGUCGUGGCCGAGGCCAACAGAGCACUUAUGGCAAGGCAUCUCGAGGGGGUGGCAAUCACCAAAAUAAUUACCAGCCAUACUAAAAGGGGACGUUGGAGAAAACAGGAAGAGAUUGCUAAGGUAACCCAUCUUGCAGGACGACAUUGAAGAUUGGUCUUCUGUUGAUCUAAGAUGAUUAUUUUGUAAAAGACUUUCUAGUGUACAAGACACAACUGUGUCCAACUGUAUAUAGCGGCCAAUUAGUUUUUGUUUUUACUUUGUCUUUUGCUAUCUGUGUUAUGACUCGACGUGGAUUUGUGUUUAUACAAAUUUUAUUUGUAUGAUUUCAUGUUAAACCUCAAAUAAAUGCUUCCUUAUGUGAUUGUU